ACCACAUAGAAGAAAAAAAAAUUGAUGGGGAUGAAGAAGGUAAAUCUAUCUUUGAUAGCUAAUGAAAGAUCAAGGAAAACCUCAUUCAUGAAGAGGAAGAACGGGAUAUUGAAGAAACUCAACGAGUUGUCAACUCUAUGUGGUGUCCAAGCUUGUGCUCUCAUCUACAGUCCAUACCAAUCAGUCCCGGAGUCAUGGCCAUCAACAAAAGGCGCUAAAGAGGUGGCUUCGAAGUUUAUGGAGAUGCCGUCGACAGCCCGCGCUAAAAAGAUGAUGAGUCAAGAAACUUAUUUGAUGGAGAGGAUUACCAAAGCAAAAGAGCAACUAAAGAACCGGGUUAUGGAGAACACAGAGUUACAGGUUAGACGAUUUAUGUUUGAUUGUCUUGAAGGCAAGAUGUCGGAUUAUCGUUACGAUGCAAAAGACCUUCAAGAUUUGCUAUGUUAUAUAAAUCAAUAUCUUGAUCAGCUUAACGGAAGGAUCGAGAUCCUUAAUGAAACCGGUGAGUCUUCUUCCGCCUCUCCUUUUCCUGCUACAAUUGGGGUUGUAGAUAUUCCUGAUGUUGCAAGUCCUAGUGUUCUUGUGGCCGAUAUGACUCCUUCUGUUGGUGCGGAUGCAUCUCUGAAUAUAAAUAACGUUCAAUACCAGGCUCCGUAUAAUUUGUUUGAUCAGAUUCAACAAGGAAGCUACAACAUGAAUUUGAAUCAGGAUUAUUCAAAUUAUAACCUGAAUUUGAAUUUGAAUCUGAAUUCAAAUCAACAACAAUCAUUCAUGAAUCCGAUGGUGGAACAACAAAUUGGUUAUGCUGGAGGGCGUGCAAGCAUUCCUUUCAUGGAUGGGAACCCCUAUAACUACCACCAACUACCAGUCGUUGAUCUUGCUUCCACCAGUUACAUGCCUACCAUCACCACCACCACCACCGGUGUUUAUGAUCCUUACAUCAACAAUAAUCUCUAAUCAAAAGAUGGAGAUUUUCUAGUUUAAGUGUUCAGUUGUUUUUAUUUGUGUUUUCUUCAUUUCGAAAGACAAAUGUUUAAUCUUGUUUAUUUUAAAAUUAUUGUUGUAAUGGUUAAAGGUUCUAUCUUUAACUUAAUUAUGUAUUUGAUUACUUUAACUACAUAAUUUUUUUUUUUUUCUAUUCGAAAAGUUUAAAGUCUGACUAAUACAAUAUUUAGAAGAAAAUUUUCAAUUGAAU